AAAUUUGGACUAAAGCCCAUUUACAUCUAUUUUUGGGCUAAAUUAAAAAAAAAAAAAAAAGACGUUAAAUGUCGCUUUUUGGGCUUAAUUUGGACCAAAUCCGACGGACCAAACGAAGACCAAUUUUCAACGUCGCUUUUUGGGCUUAAUUUGGACCAAAUCCGACGGACCAAAUGAAGACCAAUUUUCAACGUCGCUUUUUGGUCUAAAAGAUGGCCAUGACGGGCCGACUUGAUUUAGACCAGAAAACGACGUCCAAAUGACGUCUGGUGCUGGGUGGGUUAUGACUGGUUUUGUGUUCCAGGUCACACAUUUCCUAUCGAGUAUUAAUGAAAUAUCAAAAGAAAACAAACAGGCAAACAAAUCGCUUGCAUUUAGUGAAUCAUAUAUUUAGUCUUCCUUUUGAGAGACUAUUUUGGCACCUAAUGAAGGAGUCAACUCAUUAUCAUCACAUAAACGAAUUAGGCACAUCAGUCUCACUGGCAAUUUGAGAGAUAUUGGGUGGGAAAACAAUACAAUGAUCAAACUGUCUUUUUAAAGAACCACGAGUGAACGGUCAGCAUAACAAAAACGACUCACUACUGUCGCCACCUACCGGCUGAAGUCAAAACACAAAACAAAGAGUCACUGAACGAAUCCGUGAACCGAUACAGAAGAUUCGAGUCACUGAGAUGAAUCAAACGCCUCAGCACUACUGAGCAUUAACAGAUAGAGUGGUUUAGGAUAAUCCUCGCGCAUAUCAUCAGCACUCAGUAACGCGCAUACGUCAUCUCUCUCUUGUCUUGCAGAGUGCAGACUCAUGGACUGAACCAGCAGCAGCAGCAGCAGCACUGACAGCAGCGUCGCAUCCUACUGAAGUAUUAACCAGAGCGACAAAACUGCAGCAUUGACCACUAGACGACACACGUCCAGCCUAAAACAGGCACUGCUAUGUUGAAACGCAUUAGAUAUGACUGAUGUCGAGGUGACGUAUGAAGACUUCAUGGCCUCUGGAAGGACCGGCCGACGCAAUGCUGUACACGAAAUCCUGGGAACCUCCGGUGGCCUGGACGCUAGCGGACUCUCCCAAACUCUGUCUGAGCUCAAUAUCAGCAAAGCAGAGGCAGGGAAUGAUGAAGAGAAAAACCAAAGCUUGGCAGACUCCGAUUCCAAGCAGGAAGAAGGCAAAGGGGAAGGUACAUAACAGACUUCAGUGACAGAAUCAGGAAGUACCCCCUCUAGUGGCUGAUUUUAGAACUGAGCACGGAGGGGUUGACACUGAAAGUAGCAGAGCAUCCCUCUCCGUUAACGAUCCGGAUGGAGGACACUUUGCUUUGAGGAAGCUACUGUGAAAGGCUGGGCCUUAAGAAUCACAGCUACUUUAGCUGAUGUAGGUAUGAUUUCUACUUAAUAACUUCACUUUAGUUGUUUGGUGCUUAGGUGGGAAUUUGGGUCAGAAGUAAUGGCAUUAGAUUGGCGAAGACACUCUUGGGAGAUCAGAUGGAUCACCGCAUCGGAUUCACCUAUUAACUGCCAGAGUAGCGCAGCUAAUACGCACUCAAUGUUCAGUCAUUUUAUAGGUGUAGUGUUGUAAUAGUAAUAUCAGAUUUUGAUAUUAAAUUGUGCUGUCUUUUGAUAUCAUGUUGAUAUUCACAUAAUGUAAGUGCUGCACUUUUGUUAAACUGUCUAUGAUGGUCUUGCAUGGCACUGCUCCUGAUAGAAUACCUGUGUGUAACUGUUCACAUCCCGCAAGGGACUAAUCAUGUGUGAUCCGAACAUUUGCAGCGUGUGGUGCUUCAUGAUGAAAAUUCUUCUUUUAUUAUGAACUCGAGCCUGACUUAAAGUCUGACUGACACUGCCUAUUAACCCUUUUGACAAUGUGUUCAAUAGAGCUUGCCGUAUCAAACCUCUGCCCAUUUUUUGUCUUCCAGUCACUAGAUCUACGUCCUCAAUUUUGCAUAAAUAUAUUUGAUGAUAUUUUCAUCUAUAGGUAUGUAAAUAUUUGAAUAAAUUCAAGCAAUCUUUGGGAAAAA